CAAGAUAACCGCUUACAGACAAUUGGAGGUCAUCUCCAAGGAAGCUUAUCGUCUGCAGGACAGAUGGUCAAUCUCCAACUCUGCCUCUGGACGUGCAAAUAGCAGUCCAAGUACUCUCUUUUCAUGAACACUGCUCAAGAUCCGCACACUUGACAUCGCAUUCAACAUGUCGUCGGAUCAGGACUAUCAGACUUACAAGCUAGGCAACUUCAAGCUCAAAUCCGGAGGCGAGAUACCAGAUGCUUUCAUAGCGUAUAAGACACUCGGCGAUCCGUCGCUCCCAGCCGUCAUCUAUCCAACAUGGUAUUCUGGAACCAUAUCCGACAAUAUCUGGCUUACGGGUCCAGAUAAGACGCUUGACCCUUCCAAGUACUACAUCAUCAUGCCGGCUCUCUUUGGCAAUGGUCAGUCUUCAUCGCCAUCCAACAUGCCAGCUCUGCGUCCCUUUCCUGAGGUGCUGUUCUACGACAACGUGCGCGCUCAACAUGAGCUUGUGACCAAGCAUCUAGGUAUCAAGCAUGCUCGUGCAGUGCUCGGAUGGUCCAUGGGUGCGGGCCAGACGUACCAAUGGGCCACGCAGUUCCCCGACUUCAUGGACAUUGCUGUGCCGUUUUGUGGAAGCGCAAAAACCAGCCUGCACAAUCAAGUCUUCUUGGAGGGUGUCAAAAGCAGUCUUUAUGCCGCGUUGGGCACCAGUUCGGCGGGAGUUUCAAAGCCAGAUCUCUACACUGCAAAUGGCAAGAAAGUGACAUUCUCCUCCGAGACACAAGAAGCUGGUCUCAAGGCCCUUGGGCGCGUGUACGCCGGCUGGGGCUUCUCCCAAGCUUUCUACCGUGAGAAGCUGUAUGAGAGCGCACCAACGCUUGGUUUUAAGAACCUGGACGACUUUCUUGUCAACUUCUGGGAGGCAUGGGCGUUGUCGAAAGACCCAGAGAACAUGCUGGUCAUGGCGCACACGUGGCAGGCGGGCGAUUGCUCACAGCAAGAGCCGUAUAAUGGGGACUUUGAAAAGGCGAUGAAGGGCAUCAAGGCAAAGACGCUGGUUCUUCCUGGAAAGACAGAUCUCUACUUCCCGCCCGAAGACUCUGAGAUUGAGGUCCAAAACAUGAGUCCCGGUGUGGGAACAUUGAAGGUCUUCCCAUCCAUCUGGGGACAUUGGGCCGGUGGACCAGGACAGUCGACAGAGGAUGUCAAAUGGUUGGACAAUGAGCUGAGGGAUUUCUUUGCUAAGCACUGAUGUGGGUGCAUGUUACUCUUUUCCUAGGUCAAUACUGCCAAUAAUCUUGAAAC